AUGUCAUUUUCUUCACGUGUUGCCCAUUGUUGUUUUACAAACUUUGUUACUCUCAUAUAGUUUAUUAAAAUAAAUUGAAAUAUAACAAAUAAAUUGAAUUAUGAAGGAAAAAGCGACUAUCGAGAAGGUCUAUCCUCGCAAACGCAACGCAGCAAUGCCUACAUUGUUGAAAUUUCAAAAUGGUCAAUUAGGAGCCGUAAGCAAGGAGGCUACGCAAUUCACUCGCCUAAUGCAAAAGCGUGGUAAGGAAUCGAACGCCAAUAUUGCAAUGGUGACUGCCAAUGACCAAAUUUACCAUGGAGCCAUGGAUGUUGGUGAGGCAGCAGCCCUCACAGAUACGUACAUCUGUGUACGUAAUAAAAUAACAAAUAAGACUCGUAUUAUUCCCAUUGAACAAGCUACACUCAGCAAUCACAUCUUCAAUACUCUCGAACAGAAACCUUUACCAACAUUGACGGUCGAACACACCAAAGCUGUGCUCAUGAAACAAUUUGGUGGUAGAAAAGCUGCUCGUUUUGCAGCUAAUCAAGAAAACAAUAAAGUGAAUGUCGAGGUAUUGAAGAAUGAUUUGGAUAACACUGUGCGUGAAACCGAGUUCAACAAUGAAGGUGAAGAACAAACCGAUAAACAACACAAUUUCGAUAUUUUACGACCUAAAUUCAAUAAAGAUGCAAAAAAAGUGGAAGAAAUUUAUGAUGUGCACGAUAUUGUGUCUAAAGAUUUACUCGAGCGUCUAGAUGAGGAGUCGAAAGUGGUAUACUCUACAUCAGUGGAUAAACUACCAAUACAGUCGGAAUACUUGUGCAAAUGCAUUAAAAGUAUACAAGAUAAGACGCCAACGCCGGAGGGAUUUUUGCAUUUGAAAUUAAUUAUAUACAUGGACUGUUUGCUAAAUUUGCUCAAAAGCCGCGCACGUUCGAUCAAAUCAAUCGAACUAUCCGGAAUCACAGAAAAGGCGGAAAAUGAUGUACGCACACGAUUUUCAGAUCCAAAUUCGAAACCUUUUUCUCGCACUUCACACACCUCGGAAAAAGCUUUAUGCUAUUUUAUAGUUCUUGCAUUGAUAAUCAGCGAAAAUUUCACCGUGGACUUGAAUGUAUUGGCACAGGAGCUGUGUGUUUCAAAAGUCAAAUUGGUGAAGUUUGCACACAUUGUGCAUGCCGUACGAUCCGCAAAGACCGAUUUCUUGACCUUACGUUUGCCCAGCAAAAUGACUGCCUUGCCAGGCGCAUUUAGUAGGAAAUCAAAAAAAUAAUCACUUACAUUUGCAUAUUUCUGUAAAGUCUUGAGCCUUAGUAAUUUCUUAAAUAUAAACAAUUAGAUAUAAAAACUACACACAUUGUUACUUCUCUUUGCCACAUUUAUGUUCGGUUAUUUAGACAAAAUAAAUCAGAAAGCACACUCGUUAGAACUUUAUAUAAAUUGUAUGUAUUUUUAAAAAUCACUUAAUUCUUUUGGUUUCCUUUAAUGUGACUGUUAAAGAAAUGGAAAUAACUCAAAAAAGAAAGCCUAUUUUUGGCGGUUUUCUCAUUACAUCUUGUGGUAUAAUCAGAAAGUCAAUGAAAAAAGAAGUUACGAUACGAAUGUCACAAUAUAUUUGAGUAAAAAAUGUCGUAAUAUAUUUGGUUAUGUAUACUAUUCAAAAUGGAAAUUAACAACAUAAAAGCAUACAUACCACGGUAUGUACAUAGCUUUAAGCUUAUGUACAUACAAACACGCGACGAAACUCCAAGGUCAACAAUUAUGAAUUUUAACUACCUUGGUAUGAUUCAUGAGCAGAAACCUGAAGUGUCAAUAAAAUAAAUAAUUGCGCAUAUUUAUGUUUGUACGUAUGUAUGUGGAUAAGUUAAAAUGUGUAAAGUUGACUCACUUCUUCAGAGGCAACAACUAAUUCAUUAUCAUUAAAACAAACAUAAAAUAAAAACAAUAUUUUAGUUUGAAUAUUAGUGUUUUAUUAUCAUUUUUUAGAUGCAAAGCCUUAAUUAUUUAUGUAUACAUAUAUGUAUGUGGUUAUUCAGAAAUAAAUGGCAUAAUCCCAAGCACUAAGAUUUCAAUGUUUUAUCGAAAACUAAAAAUAUUGGAAUUCCUAGUAGUAAAUAUUUUAGUUUUUAAUGUAAAGUACGCGCUUACAUAUACAUAUACAUAUUUAUGGUACCCUCUAUAAAAAUACAUUUUCUGCGAUUCGAAUUUUUUAUUCAAAGCUGCACUUAUUGAACAUUCAUAAAAUCAGUACUCACAUCACCCCAACUAUAUUUUUAUUAAUUUUUAAGGCCCUAAUCAUUUUUUUUUUUUUUUGUAGUUUUAACAACUUAUGCAGCUAUAAAAGGAAUUAACACAUUUUUUUAUUAUAAGCUCUCUCUGGUCAGAGUAAAAAAUCGAUUUGAUAAUUGAAUUCAAAAGGUUGUAAUAAGCAUUUAUCGGGAUCUUGGAUUGAGAAUGUUAAAGGUUUCUAUAGUAUUUACUGUUUUACUUUCUUUUGGUGUUCGCCGAAAACAACUAAAAGUCUGUACCCUCCCCUGGCUGUAGCCACUUUUGGCAUCACCUCGAUAUCAGCUUAUCCUCAUCACUUCUUAAACGGCCAGACCGAACA